AUGGUGCUCUUCGGCCGGCGCGCUCGCUAUUUUGGCAGCCGGGGCCAAUUUGUUGGCCGGCGAACUUGCCGGACGCCUUCUCGGCUGGUUUCCCCCCCGGCCGUUGGUGGCGCGGUAGCGACGCGCGCUUUUUGGCAGCUCUUGUGGCCGAUUCGCGGGGACAAAAUCCCCCUCGGAGCGAAUUUGCGCGCCGGCCCCUCUACCGCGCCACAUGGCGCGGCCGAGCGGUCUUUGGGCCAGCCGGCUGGCACCCCCGCCUACGGUGGGGCCCGGGCGGAGCAGCCGACUUCUUGUAGUUCAGCCGAUGCAGCAAUUUCCUCUUGUGCAUAUGCGCUUGGGGACGUGCCAUCACAUCGACCCGCCGUAGUUUGA